AUGAGUGCAGGGAACAAUAGUGAUGUGGUCAAUGAGGAAGCCCUCAUGGAACCUUGGGGAUAUAUUGUGUCUGCGAUAGUGUUGGCUCUUAUUGGUUUCUUUGGCUUUACCUUAAACCUCACUGUAAUUGUGAUGAUGUUUAAGGAUAUGCAGUUGUGGACACCGAUGAAUAUCAUUCUCUUCAAUCUCAUUUGCUCGGAUUUUUCAGUCUCAAUCUUUGGAAAUCCAUUCACCUUUGCUUCAGCCAUAAGCUGAGGGUGGAUAUUUGGAGAGACUCUUUGCACAUAUUACGGUUUCAUAAUGGCUUUUCUUGGUAUAGGCUCAAUCACAACCCUCACUGUUUUAUCAUAUGAACGAUGUUGCCUCGUUAGUUGUCCUUUUACAACGAGUCAGCUCUCAAGGAGACAUGCAAUUGCUUCCGUCGCCUUUAUAUGGUCGUACUCCUUCAUGCUCACUUCACCGCCACUAUUUGGCUGGGGAAAGUACGUCAAUGAAGCCGCCAACAUCAGUUGCUCGGUGAAUUGGGAAUCUCAAACUCAAAAUGCAACAAGCUACAUUAUUUAUCUGUUUGUAAUGGGGUUGGUGGUACCCGUCACAGUGAUUUCAUACAGCUACACUAAAAUUAUUCAUACGAUGAAGAAGAAAUCAGCCCGCUUGAGGAAGACAAAUCGCUCAGAUCGUCUUACGUGGAUGGUGGCUGUAAUGAUAGUUGCAUUCUUAAUUGCUUGGACCCCAUACUCAGCAUUUGCCCUAAUUGAGCAGUUCGCCUCUCCGGACAUAAUCAGUCCCGGAGCUGCCGUUCUACCUGCCCUAAUUGCAAAGUCCAGCAUUUGCUACAACCCUAUUAUCUACGUAGGGAUGAAUACACAAUAUCGCGCUUCGUGGAAUAAACUUUUUGGUAAAGCUGAAGGAAAAUCCAUGGUAGACAGUACAAUUAAUCAAACAAGAAGUACAAGCAACAACACCACAUACUGCCAUGUAACUUUUAAGAAGAAAUCACACAAAAUUGCAAUUCUUCUCGAAAAGGCUAGAAAUCAUCAAGAACAAGGGGAAGAUGCGCAAGAGGAAGAGGACCAUGGUGGUUACGAAAUGUCUGUGAUGUCAAUGGAAAAUAAGAAAAUUAUUACAACAGAGUAAAUAUUUGUUGAUUCAUCAAACCAUACACCGAUAUUUCAAUCACAUUGCAAGAUUUUCAUUCAAAUGGAAAUUUUAAUAUCCAU